GUAGUAUGUAUGUAUCCCUAGAUAGGGCUAGAUAUACGAAGGAAGUGAGUUCCCCGUCCCCGGAGGUAUGCAAACAGAGAUUGGCUGCUCCAUUUUCAGAGGUGCCAGCGGAUGUGAUUUACACAUCCAUCGGACGUGACCUCGGUUCCUCUCUUAGCCCUGAGGAUCUCAGAGAGAAGGGAGGUCAAGACUGGGAGAAGAAUCCACCCCUAAGGGGAAAGGGUUAAGCGGGGCUGGCGCUCCUGUGGGCGGGCUCCUCGAUCGGCUGCGCCGGGCUCUGUUAGCCAAGUCUGAGCAUCUCGGAGGAUGCGGCGCGGCGAGCGGCUUCAGGGACGCGCGCAAGGUGAACGCGGGGGCUGCCAGCUCGGCGCCCAGGUGAGGAGUUGGACUAGGGAGGGUGCGAUGGCGGGGCUCCGGCGGGGAGCAUGGCCUACAGCCCCCCUCUCUAGCGUGAGCGACAGAGCCUGCACCAGCGCCCACCCCCACCCGGGACACUGCGGGAAGGCGCGGAGCCAGGGGAAAGGAGAUGGAGGAAAAGGAGAGGCUCAUCCCGUGAGGACUGGAAGCUGAAAGCUCCAGGCUCAGGCAUCUGUGGACCAUGGCCUGGAAUCAACAGGGCUGUGUGUAUGGCCUCCUGCUGCUGUUGCUGCUGCUGUCCCUGGGGUCUGACUCUGCCCUUGGCUGGGGCCUGCCCAGGCCACUGGAGGACUCAGAACCGCACUUGAUCCUGGAAGCCCAGCCCAAGGGGUCUGUUGGUCCAGAGCCCCGGGCCUUCGACUUCCUCUGGGAGAAGCCCAGAGAUGAGAGUCCCUGGAACUCCAGUGACCCCCAGAGCUCUGCUGAGAAGGGGCCUGAGGGGCCUGCAGACUCCCUUGGCCUAGCCCUGCAUGGACCUAAAGCAGCCCAUGGGGCUCAGAGAGAAGGACUCCCAGGACCUGAUGACAUCCAGGUGGCUCGAGGGCUAAGUUCUCAGGGCUGGACAGGACCUCCUGACUCACAGGAGCCUUCGGAGCAAGAAGCACCAGCCCCCUAUCCAGUGGGCGCCCCUCAUCUCACUUCCAUCCCCACAACUCCCAGACUCCAGCUCAGGAUGGCCACAGUCCCUCCCACCCCAGGACAGCCUGAAGGCCCAGUGGGACAGCAGCCACCUAGAGAUGAGGGUCUGGUGGCCAAAGCCAAGACCAGGGUCUCAAAGACAUCCCCCCAGGACCACAGGGGCCCUCCCCACACUCUUGUGCCUCACGUAGGCCCUAUCAUGAGGCCCGUACUGGAGGAGCAGGGUGGGGGUAAGGACUUCCAGGAGACAGCUCAAGGCCCCCUGCUCAGCCAGCAGGAUCCAGCAGCCCCUGCUGUUGGCCCAGUCUCCCCAGCUGAGGGGGCAUCCUCGCAGGAGCCUGGGUCCCAGCCAGACCUGGCGUUGGCCAGAAGCCUUCCUCCUGCUGAGGAGCUGCCCAUGGAGCUCCCUAAGAAAGCUGGGGCUGGGGAGGCCUGGGGAGUCAGUGUUUCAAGUCCCUCACCCAAAGAGGUUGACCUCCCUAGUGUUAGGGGCUCCCCAGGCCCCCUGCCCUCAGAUCUUCCUGCCUCUGAGACUCCUGAUGGGCAGCCCAAGCCAGAAGUAGCAGCAAUGAACGGAGCAGAACCCAUCUCCCCCCAGCGGGUGAGAGGAGCAGUGGAGACCCCAGGCACUCCCAAGUCCCUCAUCCCUGGCCCCUCGGACCCUGGCCCAACUACAAACCGAACAGAGAGCCCUGUGGGAGCCCUGCAGCCAGAUGAAGCCGAGGAGUGGCCGGGGCGCCCCCAAAGCCAUCCCCCAGCACCCCCUGUCCAGGCCCCCUCGACGUCACGCCGGGGCCUCAUUCGGGUCACCACGCAGCGCGCCCUGGGCCAGCCACCCCCUCCAGAGCCCUCUGCCAGCUCCAUGGCACCAGCCCCAGCCUCCAGUCCCCCGGCCAACGCCACCGCACCCCCUUUGCGCUGGGGUCCCCUGCGGCGGGUUCUGAGCUUUUCCUGGGAGCUGCACGUCUAUGGGGUGGGGGUGCUAUUCCUGCUGCCCGCGUUGUUGGCACUGGCCUCGCUGGCAGCCGCCCCUGGGGGACCUCGGCUGGCACUGGUGGCGGCGGUGCUGGUGCUGGUGGCGUCCGGGCUGCGUUCCGCCUACAUGCUCACCGACCCAUAUGGCUCGCAGGCACGGCUGGGUUUACGUGCCGGCCUGGUGCUCUACAAUCUGCCUUUCCCCUUGCUACUCACUGCGCUGGCAGCCCUGACCCUGCUCGGCCUGGGCGCGGGGCUGCCACAGCAGCUACAGAACCCCAUCCUCCUGGGAGCGCUAGCGUUGGUACACGGCGUGGGGCUGCUCACUACAGACCUGCUGUCAGCAAGGCCUGCGCUCAACCUCCUGGUUCAGGGCUUAUCCUGCGCCUGGGGCGCGGCCGUGGCUCUAGGCACGCUCUGCUUGUGCCGUCGCCGCCUGCUGGACGGGCCGAGGGGCUGGGAUGCCAGCCCCGGUCCUAGGCUGCUGGCCGUGGCUGGCGCGCUGGGGCUGCUGGCCAGCGGCUUGCAGCUGGCGGCCUCGCUCUGGCUGUACCCUGGCCCGGGACGGGUGGGUCGCUUCUCGUGGGCCUGGUGGGGUGUCCACUUCUGGCUGCGCCUGCUGGAGUUGACGUGGGCGCUCGCCCUGGCGCUGGCCGCCUUGGCUGCUGCACGGCCCAGGCCUCCCACGGAGCACGCUUGCUGGGCUAAGUUGCUGCGCCUGGCAUGCCCCACGCCCUCGAGCAAGAGCGAAGUGCCCGAGCGCCCCAACAAUUGCUAUGCUGGGCCCAGUGGCGUUGGCGCUGGUACCUUGGAUAUUAGCAAGAGCCUCAUCCGCAACCCGGCGGAAGGUGGGAUGCCGGCCACGCCCAGUUCAGGCGCCUGGGGUUCGGCUGCGUCUCUAGGCCGCGGUCCCCAGGGUGGCCCAAGACUGUCCCGCAGCAGUGUGGGGCCAGCGCCGUCUAUGAGCGAGCUGGACCUGCGGCCGCCAUCACCCAUCAACCUGAGCCGAAGCAUCGACGCCGCGCUCUUCCGAGAGCACUUGGUGCGUGACAGCGUCUUCCAACGCUGCGGCCUGCGCGGCCUAUCCUCUCCGCCUGGGGGCGCGCUGCGGCCACGCCGGGGCAGCCACCCCGACGCCGAGCUCGAGGGAGCGGGCACUUCGCUCCUACGCGGCCGCUGCCGUUCUCUCAGCGACGUGCGCCUGCGCGGGCCGGUCCCACAGCACGUAGUGGACGAGCCUGAUGGGGCGGUUUCCGGCAGCUCUGUGGACAGCUUCUCACGCGGCUCACUCAAGAUCAGCUGGAACCCAUGGCGCCAUGGGCUGUCGUCGGUGGAUAGUCUGCCCCUGGAUGAGCUGCCCAGCACAGUGCAGCUACUGUCUGCCCCAGUUCCUGCCCCUGCUCCCGCCCGGCCCGGGGAGCCCCAGAGUGGGGUCCAGCCUCGCUGCAAGCCCGGGGACUCCCGCAGCGCCUCCAGUGACACCAUUGAGCUCUAAGGAGGCCAGAAACUCAGGACCAGAGCGUCAAUGGCCUUACCGCGCACCGCAUGACCGACUGGGACAGUAGAGCAUUUGAAAAACAUUUUGGGAGUAUUCUGGGCCUCCACUUGAUUGCAGCUUCGAGACAGCCGGGCGUGAACCCAUCUCCCACACGUGCCGGAUUUUUUUUUUUUUUUAAUAUCUUUUUUUCAGCGGGUAUUUUGCACAAAGGCUGUGACUUACACGGAAUACAGGGUGGACAUGCAUGGAUUUGGGAAUGGGGAACCGGGUGCAGGUUCCUCAGACACCCCCUCCAGACUCCUCCAGUGUAGAGGUGAGGCUCGCUUGUCCAGACUGUCCUCUUUGUGCCAAAGAAAUAAACCCUUAGGACUUGGCUCACACCUCCCUCUGGCCAUGCCAGGAUCCUGUACAGAGGAGAGGUAGGAGGGCCCAGACCUGAGUAAUUCCAAGUCCUGUGUAUACUGCAACUCCCAAAGGAAAGGGGACUCAACCCUUGAAGGCUUUAGUAAUAAUGGCUACCAAUAUUUUAUGGAGCACCUAUCUGCUCUAUCUGGUCUUCAGCUCUUCACAUCCAUCACCUUACUAAGCCUGGUUCCUCCAUCCUCUCUUCUAAUUCAACUUCAGGGCGUCUCCUCUAUCCUCUCUCUACUGCUCCUCCAUCAGGACAGCCCUCAAUUUCCCAGGGUUUUAGGAAACUUUCCCAAGGGUGGAAGGGCUCUCAGUAGCUUAGACCAACCCAAGGCGGGAGUGGAGGGAGGGGAGGGAGUAAGACAGAAGCUUCUCUAUUUUCCAAGAUCGUCCUUUAUUUCCUGAGAUGAAUAAAUAAAUCAGUGGCUGGGAGGCAGGGGGUGAAUACGGAACAGGAGCUGGCAGCAUGCAGCUGGCAGGAGGGGGCUGUGAAGGGCCCACCCCUGCAGGGACCCCUCCCCACACACAUCCUGGGUAGGGGCCAAAGCUCACUAGCAGCCACCACAAGGAGACACUUCAAAAAAUUCACACACAUUGUGAAGCCUGCCCAGUCCCCUGGGGCCAAGGUCUCAUGGUACCCACCCUUAAAGGCUAUCCUUUCACCCCAGGGGCCUCACCUGCCCAGACCUGGGUGCCUGGGCUGCUCCAUAAGGUGGGCAGGGGAUGCUUACCCCACUCUCAAAAAUAAAGCAAGUCCCUCAAGUGUCCAGGCGGGAGGGAGGCCCGCCCUCAGGGGCAGCCUGGGCGGGGAAGAGACCCUGCAGGUGUGGCCAGGAUUAUCUGCCCUUGAUGAAGCCCUCCAGUACACGGUCACUGCGCUCUGACAACCAGUAGCCGGUCAUGGCGGCCACAGCCCCAAUGAAGAUGGCGGUGAAGACCAAGUCACCCUUGGCAGCCAGCGUGGCCAGCGCACAGAUGAUGACCCCGAAGAACAUCUGCUGCAGCACCACCAGCUCGUCCUCUGUCAUCUCCGAGAAGAAGCCCGCUGAUUCUGAGCAAGAGAGUGCCUGUCACUUGAGUCCUGUUCCUGGAGCCUCCCCCACACCUGAUCAUCACUGCCCCAUGCCUGCCUGGCAUGCUUGCACCCAGCAUCAUGCACUGCAGGGAACAGCUCCAAGAGGGCAGUUAUGAUCCCUGUCUCUUCAAUAGGAAAUAGGUGCAGAGAGGUGAUGAGGUUUGCCCAAGGCCAUGCGGGAGUUGGGUCAGAGCACGUGUACUGGCAAGGCUCCAGGGUCAGACUGCCUGGAUUCAAUACCUUGGCUCUGCCACCUGCUUGCCCCAUGGCCCUGGGCAAGUUGUUUUGUCUGUGUCUCAGCCUCCACUAUGUAAAAUGGAGCUGAGAAUAAUACCUACAGCACUGGAGUUGUUGUAGGGGUGAAAUAAGCUAAUACAUGCAAAAUGCCUGGAAUAGCAUGUGACGCGCUCUCAGAAGCUGAGGAAGUGGUCACUAUGGUUGUCCUCUGUCAUCUUCAAGAAGAUGACUGUCUUGUGACUGUCCAACGGCUUUCAACAGCCCUCAGAAGCAGGGCAAGGACUGGUCCCAUGGGACAGCUGAGGAAAGAGGCUUGAAGAGGCAAAUGACUCGAUGCCAAGCCUGAUUUUCUUUCUACCGUGGGAGGUGUGUGGGGGCCACCACAAGCCACCUAGGAGAUCAGAGGUGGGGUCAAGUCUCCGUGCCACCUCAGGAGGGCCUCACCUCCCCUCCCCUCCUCCUGGGGCUCACCUGGGAUCUGCUCCUUCACACAGAUGCCCUCAAUCUGUUUGUAGCCCUCGGCACAGAUGCAGCGGUAACUGCCCUCAGUGUUCUCACAUUUUUCGUUCUCCCCUGGACAAACCGCCGUCUCACAUUCAUCCACGUCUUGAAGGAGGAUAAGGAGGGGGUCAGAGCCCUGACCAUCAGGGUCCCACAGGUGGCACCCUGGACUCUGUCUUGCCCACAUCCUGACACCCUUCCGUCCUGUCCCAGGCAACAUGCCACGCUUCCUUCCCACACCCGGUCCACAUUCCACCCACCAAUGGUGGCGGGCGAGGCCCUCCUAGGUAGCAGGACACUCACCGAGACACUUGGAGCCCACCUGCUGGUAGCCAGGGCUACACUUCUUACAGCGGCCGGGCCCUGCCCCCAUGCAGCCCAGGCAGGCCUUGGCACAGUCUGGAGAAGGGAGCCGGGAGACAAGGGUGAGAGCUGCCUAUAGGGCCAGGGGGCAGCCCAGCUCAGGCAAAGGCCUGAGGCUGGGGGGUUCUGGUACCUGGGAAGGUGUAAGUUUGUGGGGGAAGGCGUGGGGCCAUUCCUCCUACCCUCCCCACACUCUUCCUGGCAGGAGCUGACACUCACCCCGGCACUCAUAGGAGCCCUCCGUGUUCACGCAGAACUGGUCGGCUCCACAGCUGGCUCGCUCUGUGCCACACUCAUCAAUGUCUGCAAAGGGGCCAGCAGGGUGGGGAUUUCAAUUCCUCUGGCACUUAGAGGGAAGCUAAGGCCAGGACUGUUGGGGAUGAACCUGCCAGGCUCAAAUGGUGUGGCAGAGACUACAGGCCGUCCACCAACACAGAUACAGAGGUGCCGCUGGACUUGGGGCUGGCCAGCUAGAGACUACAUUUUUCAACCUGCUAAGUGCGGCCUUGUGAUUGUGUUCUGGCCAACAGGAUGUAAACAGAAGCGAUGUGCUCCCCUUUCUGCUUGGCCUUAAAACAAUGAGCCUGGGACUCCUCCUCGCACUUUCUUCUCUUUCUCACAUCUCAAAUGCCAGGUCAUAAAACACAGAGAUGCCUGUGUUCCAGCCUCAACCAGGAAGACAACACCCAAGGGGAAGACUGCACAGUAAGAGAGAAGGAAUCUGAGUCCUCAAUGACCAGGACAGGCAGAGCUUGCCUGCCAGCCUGGACCACUGGCUUUGAGACUGUGACAGGAAAUGAAAAUAAACCUCUAUAUUCUGCAAGCCACAGUUCUGGGGAUCUUUUUUUCACAGCAGUUUAGCCUUUACCCUUGUUUAUACAAAUGGCUAGGCAAGGACCAAACUAAGUCUUGAACCCAGAUUUCCCAAGUUCAGUAACCUUGUUCCCUUGUUCCUUCCUCAAGUUUCAAGACUUGACCCAAGUGACACUGUCUCCAAGAAGCCUUUCCUGGUUCCCCACCAACACUAAGAGAUGCAGGGACAUCUCUCACUGCACAAUGGUUAAGUCUGUACUGUAUGUACCUGAUGACUUUUCUGCCUUUUUAACUAGGCUGAGAUCUCUAUGAGGAUGAGGGCUGGGUUGGUGUAGUCCAGAGAUGUGUGUGUUGAUGGGAGACCAAGCCCAAGACCCUGCCCACGCCCCCAGACCUAGGACAGGGC